AUGUUUUCACGAUGUACACAAGCGGUCAUACGCUGUCAAAGAAAAGGCUUUGAUGGUUGCUCGAGAUUUCCAAAAUUACCAUUAGGUCUCAACAGAAGUAAUUCGACCACCACAAAGGUCUUGGUUAGCGAUAAAGCCCUCCACUCUACUCGUGGCAAAAAACUGAAACCUAUCAAGGCCCAAAUCGUGGUUUUGAAUCCUAGAGAAGCUGGACUUUUCAAACGGAAGCGGACCCCUGCAUACUUCAAUGGUAAUGAGAGACCACGGGAACGGUUAAGUGUAUUAGAGGGUGUUGAGUUCGACAGUGGCGGCACUUCCAAUAACCGCAAGCAGCAGUCUUCCGGUGACAUUCUACAAGAAAUUGAGUCUCAGAGAAGGAAGCUGCUGGUUUUCAAGAGCUCGGUGCCCAAUGAGCAGGUCAUUAAAUCCAUUCACGACUUGAGACCCUCCGAUGAUACACGUGUUAUGUCCACCAAGCGUUAUACGCAACUCAAAGCGUUACUGGAAAUGGCUUACACUCUUCCACAGCUCAAAGCAUACACUCGGCAAUACUACGACCAGCGCGUGCCAAAAUCUGUCACCAAGAAAAGUAUCAUUCCUAGUAUCCUGCAUAAGCUCUGGAAUUGUGAAGUUGAUGCAUCUAUGAGUGACGAACAGGACUUGGUUGUGGAACGUAUUCUCGAUUCCCAAAGCAGAGAUAUUUACCUGUUACUUCUCACAAACAAUGGCAAAAUCCUUCACAACUUUGCCCGUUUGGGUGCAACAGUUGCCGUUGCACUUGGAGAGAACAAAAUUAUAGUGCGCGCUACUAGCUCCUUGGUCAAAUAUGUGGAGGUGUCCCUUCGCAAGAUUUUGGACAAUGUUCAGCGCGAGGUUUUACCGAUCCAAAGCAUCAUCGAUAGCCACAGCGCCUCUAAUUCGCCUCCUAUUUCACCUGAAGACUUAGUCAAUCUAGUUCAAAAAGAAACAGCCACCUUUUUUGAGAAACUACUGGAAGAUGAUACCAACAGUUAUGUGGUUAGUGGGUUUGGUGGCAAGAGACUCGCCAAGGCUGAAAUUCUCCUUCUCUGGGCUCUUGAUUACAAUCCACAGAAAACAGAACUUGUAAGGUUUCUUGGUGAACGCGGAGACUGCGAUUACAAGCUUUUUCCGUUUACGGACAACCAGUGUCUUGACUGGAUCGACAGAAGCAAAGAGUGGUACAGACUCCAGAAGCCUGUGAGCAAAAACCAAGAGCCAGGUGAAAUCAAACCUUUGGUGUUGGAUGAAAAGGCUAUUGAUGAGCUCUACCAUGAUAUGCUCACCUCACAGAGCGCCACGACCUCUAAGGUCAACGAAGGCCUCGAGACAAAGGUUAUUAGCAUAACUCUUGGUCAAAUAUUAAAGACUUUAGAUGGCAAAAGUUCCACGUUUCAGCCAAAGGUCCCGGGUAUUACGAAAAAAUUGUUACAAUUACCGCUGUACGAUGGUAUCGCUGCCGAGGACGAACUAUACACUGUUGACCAACAUGAAUAUCAUGUUCAGCUGAAAUUCAUUCCAAACUUGAGUAGUGUGGGCCAUAUCAAGGAUAUUCCGCCUCUAGAACUUUGGUUUGAACUAGAUGAUUAUGAUAAAGCUAUCAGCAGUAGCGUGCGCUGCUUGCUUCAUACAGAAGAUAGAAGUUUGCUCUUGCAAACACCUCAAAUGUCGCACGACUAUAAGGUUAGCGUUGACCGUACGCUUGAAGCUACUAAGCCCUACGAAGAUGAUCCGCAAAACUGGUUGAAAGAUCAGCCUGGCCUCAAAGAAUUCCUGCUUCGAGCAAGGCUGACGUUCCAGGGAAGUGAAAAACUGUACGUGCCCAAAAAUUUAGAAAUGAACCUACGCCUUGGAGACUCUGAUGUGCUUCAGCCUGUGAUAUUUGACUACGUCAAUGUCAAAUACCGUCGCGUGCUCAGGCUGAAAUACAUGGACCAUUAUCUGGUUCAAUUUUCAGACCUAAAUGGCGGCACCAGCGGAGGCAAGUACACGCAAGUCGACUUUAUUUGUCCGGAAUCAAAUAUGAUUUCUCGCGAGGCGUUUGGAUCGUUUAUCAAAGACGUCCUGAAAUAUGUCUAA